AUGUCACAAUCGCAGCAGACGAGUAAUCAACAAGAUUAUUAUCAAGUCUUCCAGUACGAUUUCUCCCAACAUAUAAUAUCGCUUUGUUCUACGAAAAAAUCCUUCAACCAGACUGUUUGCGAAAGUUUACAGCGGUUCUGGAAUAAAUUGGAAAAAGAAAAAGAUAUAUCUUAUAUAUCUAAUGGUUCUGAAGAGAACUUUUUUAAAGUUGCGAGAUGGUCACCAGACGGGACAUGUAUCUUAACAUCGUCUAAUGACAACAUAUUAAGAAUAUUUGAUCUACCCACGAAUUUAUUCGAAACAACUGAGG